ACGGCUUUGGUCUAAAACAAUAUUCCAUCUAUAUAAAACGCAAAACGACCACGGCUUUGGUCUUAAAACAAUAUUCCAUCUUUGUCCAUCUCUCCCUCGAAGAAAACCAAAAAGAAGAAGAGAAACCAUGGCAGGUGUUGGACCGAUGACUCAGGAUUGGGAACCAGUUGUGAUCCGUAAGAGAGCUCCCAACUCCGCCGCCAAGCGCGACGAGAAGACUGUCAACGCCGCUCGUCGUAGCGGCGCCGAUAUCGAAACCGUCAGAAAAUACAAUGCUGCGACGAACAAGGCGGCUUCGAGCAGCACCUCCUUGAACACAAAGAUGCUUGAUGAUGAUACUGAGAACUUAGCUCAUGAACGUGUGCCUACUGAGUUGAAGAAAGCCAUCAUGCAAGCCCGAGGGGACAAGAAGCUCACCCAGUCCCAGCUCGCUCAACUGAUCAACGAGAAGCCACAAGUGAUCCAAGAAUACGAGUCUGGGAAAGCAAUACCAAACCAGCAGAUCCUUUCUAAGCUGGAGAGAGCACUUGGAGCUAAACUCCGUGGGAAGAAGUAAUCACAAAACCUCCUUUGAAGUUUUAAAACUGAAGAAAAGCUAAUCACGGUUCUGUCUCCAGUUCAUAAACUAUCUAUACUAUAUAUAAAGCCUACUGCUUUGAUGGUUUAGUAUCGACUCUAUGCGAUGAAUCUUUUAUGGGUGUAAGAACGAAACAAAAGCUGUUUGUAACCGAUUGUAAAUCUCCUUGUUCUCUUUGCAUCAUCAUCAUCAAUAUCACAAACUAGAAUCAGAUUCUGAAACCAAA